GCCAUCUAGUCCCGCCCGAGGCUCCGCCCGGCGAGUCCCCAUCCAGUCACGAUCAACGGGACCCCCGGGGUCUGCAGGCCUUUGCAGCGAGUACGGUCUCUCCGCACCUCCGCCACCUGCUGCCCAGUGUGGUUUCUGUUGAGGAAAACAGGGAAGUUCUUCAACCUGCUUGGAUUUUACCUUUAACCCUUGGGAGUGUUCUCUAACACAUCCAAAAUACCAUCCAGACCCAAGAAACCAAGGUCCAAAACCAGGUCAAGAUGGGAUUUAUAUUUUCAAAAUCCAUGAGUGAAAACAUGAAAAACCAACAGGAGUUUAUGCUUAUGAAUGCUCGACUCCAGCUGGAAAGGCAGCUAAUGAUGCAGAAUGAAAUGAGAGAAAGACAAAUGGCCUUGCAGAUUGCUUGGUCUCGGGAAUUCCUUAAAUAUUUUGGAACUUUUUUUGGCAUUGCAGCCAUCUCUUUAACAGCUGGAGCAAUAAGAAGGAAGAAGCCAGCCUUCCUCUUCCCUAUUAUUCCAUUAAGCUUCGUCUUCACCUACCAGUAUGACUUAGGAUAUGGAACCCUUCUACAAAGAAUGAAAGGUGAAGCUGAGAACAUAUUGGAAACAGAAAAGAGUAAGUUGCAGCUGCCAAGAGGCACGAUCACUUUCGAAAACCUUGAAAAAGCCAGAAAGGAACAAAGUAAAUUCUUCACAGAAAAAUGAGAUCAUGUUUACCCACCAAAUCUCAAAACACAUAAUUGUUGACUUGAAUCAUGGUUUUUACAACUUUUUAGGUGCUUGAGAUUUUGAUAUGAUUAUUUUAUUUUAAAAUAUAAAAAUGCAAGAUGGGUUUUGUUAAACUAUUAAAAAAAUUAUAGCAUCAACGCAAAAUCAUGGAGGUACUCUAAAUAACUUUCAUAUUUCCUAUGUAUGUGUGUAUUACAAAUAUCUAAAUGUAUAAUUAAUAAAAUUAUAUUGUUUUGAAUUUCUGGAAGCAAAUGUCCUGCUGCUCUCAUUUCUCUCUCACACACUUUUCCCAUCACAUGUAUUUCCCACAGAUACUUAUUUUAUUUUGAUAUUUCAAUUGAG